UUGGCUAAAUUAUAGAAGCAAUUAAGAUAUCAAGCUAUUAAUACAAUCAAAUCAAAACAAUGAAUGUGCUUGCUGCAAUCAGACGAAAUUUAAUGCUCAAACAAAAUAUAAAGAGAACCUUGUCUUCCACAGGCGCAGGGUGCAACGACCACACGCUGACACCGCUGGCUGAGGCUGUGCUGGCGGUCAUCGGUUCCACAAGCCCCAACCUUCUGGGUAUCGAAGGAGGCAUAGACACCGACGAGGCCAGCACAGCACCAGUCAGCGUGCAGCCAACCACUAACGAGGUGGUAGGAGAGGACCGAGUCCUGAGCUACGAAGUUGAAGUGGACCCCGGGGUCGCAUUCCUCGAGGUGCCGGAAUCCGAAGACACCCAGGACUACGAGCCUCCGGACUGGCUGCUGGACGAGGAUGAGGCACCCGUGGAGCCUGGUGCAGCAGCUGCGCUGCUACGUCGGGAGGGGCCUCCUCCUGUGGCAGGGGGACCGCCUGAGGCAGCAGCUGCUGCUGAAGGGCAACCGGCACCACUGGGCCGGCGGGGACCACCUCGUCCACGACCGGUCUGGAGGCCCAGCGCACCACCCGCAGGCUCGGCAGCCAGCACACGGGCUGCAGACAAACAGUUUUAUAGAGACAUCUUGGAGCAACAACACGAGAACAUAAAGUUAGAACGGCAGUGCCUCCUUGCCAAACUGAAGGCGACGGAAGAGCAGGCAAGGGCAUCGGAAGAGCAGGCAAGGGCAGCAAGGGCAGCCUGGGAGGCUGCCAAAAUGAUGAAAAAGGCAGCAAACUUCUAUAUUCAACAGGGAGAAAAAAUGUUCACGUAACUUGGGAAGGCCCUACGACAAGGCCCUUAAAGGGGAGGAGGAGCCUUCAGUUUGGCAAAGAGGCAUUGCCGUUUUAGCUUUACUUUGUAAAUACAAUAAACAGUUUUCUUUGGUUAGUUCUCUUCAAUGUCUUUUUGGUUCCAAGUAUGCAAAAAAUUUCCACUGCAUUAUGUAUUUCAUUUAGCAACAUGCAAAACUAAAGAAAUGAUGGCAUCAUAAAAAACAUGCAACAACUUUUACACACUCAGCUAAGUAAAAGUGAAAGUCAUUACUGUAAUUAACACGUGUAAGGACCGCACCCGCAAAAAAAAUGUUUGCCUUG